AUGAGAUCCUCGACGGUGAUUCUUGCCGCUUUUCUCGGUCUUCUUUUAUUCUCCGAUGUCAUCGAUGCCGCCAAAAAGGCAAAGAAGGGCAAUGAUUGGGACGAGUUAGAGUCGCUUUUGGAGGAUAUUGAUGAGGAGAAAACACCGAAAUCGAAGGAGGCAAAGAGGCCACAAAGACCCCAAUCACAGGAGAAGAAAACCGACGUGAAGAGCCCUUGUGAGGAUCAUGUGUGCGGAUGGGGAAAGGAAUGCGUUGUCGACAAGAAGGGCGAGCCCACCUGUGAGUGCGUUGCCAAGUGCCCUGAGCUUGACGGAGAUCCCAUGGACAAGGUGUGCGCCAACAACAACGAGACUUUCGUUUCGCUGUGCGAUCUGUACCGCGAGCGGUGCUUGUGCAAGAGAAAGAGCCCACAAUGUGCCAAGCAUGGUCACGCUAAGGUUCACCUCGAGUAUUUGGGUGAAUGCAAGAAAUUGGAGGAGUGCACCGCCGACCAUAUGGCUCAAUUCCCGGAGAGAAUGAGCGAUUGGCUCUUCCAGGUGAUGCGCGAGUUGAAGAAACGCCGUGAGUUGCACAAGCUCGAGUGGGAGGAAUUGUUGCAGGAAGCUGAGAGUGACGAUGAGAAGAAACACGUCUACCCAGUCAUCUGGAAAUUCUGCGAUUUGGAUGUGAAGCCACAUGAUAAGGAAGUCUCCCACCACGAGUUGAUCCCAAUCACCGCUCCAGUCAUCCCAAUGGAAUCUUGCAUCAAGCCGUUCUUGGAGGGAUGUGAUGCUGACAACAAUGGAGCCAUCUCCAUCCGCGAAUGGGGAAAAUGCCUCGGAUUGAAAGAGGGUGAGAUCCAAGAACGAUGC